CCCGGUCCUCCCAGCUACACAAGCAUUCAGGAGACCCUAUCAACCCACUGCGCCUGUCUUCUCACAGUCUCAGCAGCCUCCAGAAAGAAAUCAUGGGCAGACAGAAGGUGUAUUUGGAAAAAAUGUCUCGGUUCUUCCAGAUCCGUAACCUCCUGCUUCGACAGGCCCUGGCUGAAUGUCUCGGCACCCUCAUCCUUGUGAUGUUUGGCUGUGGUGCUGUGGCACAGCUGGUGCUGAGCGGUGGCUCCCAUGGCAUGUUUCUGACUGUCAACUUUGCCUUUGGCUUCGCUGCCACAUUGGGUAUCCUGGUGUGUGGCCAGGUAUCAGGUGGCCAUCUGAACCCUGCAGUGACCUUUGCCUUGUGCCUGCUUGGAAGAGAACGCUGGAGAAAGUUCCCCAUGUAUUUCCUCUUUCAGACAAUUGGUGCUUUUUUUGGUGCUGCUUUCAUUUUCGGCAUGUACUAUGAUGCCCUGUGGGACCAUCCUGGAUGUUUCAAUGUGACUGGGCCUGACGCCACAGCUGGCAUCUUUGCUACCUAUCCUGGAAAACAUCUCACCAUUGUCAAUGGCUUCUUUGAUCAGAUAAUUGGCACUGCAGCGCUCAUAGUGUGUAUUCUGGCUAUUGUGGAUCCAUACAACAACCCCAUCCCCCAAGGGCUGGAGGCCUUCACUGUGGGAUUUGUGGUUCUGGUCAUCGGAUUGUCUAUGGGCUUUAACUCUGGCUAUGCCGUCAACCCUGCCAGAGACCUUGGUCCACGUCUUUUCACUGCUUUGGCUGGGUGGGGCAGUGAAGUUUUCACGGCUAGAGAUGGAUGGUUCCUGGUGCCCAUUUUUGCCCCAUUCCUGGGCGCCAUCAUUGGUGUGAUGAUCUACCAAGUGAUGGUUGGCUUCCACGUGGAGGGAGAAGCACGUGACCAGAAGGCCAGAGAGGAGGAGAAUGUCCGUCUCACCAAUGUCACCGCCAACGACAAUCCCAAAGAAGCUACCAAAGACAUGCACUAAGUGUGUUAUGAGACUUUCAGCUACACGCUUUCACAAUCUGUAAAUACUAAGACACACACAAGCAUUUUUUUCCAGCCACGACUGGUUUUCCAUUUUGACAGCUGUUGGGGUUUCUCUGAUGAAAGCUGUGUUUCUGAAAACGGGCCCCUCUCUGGCCUCUCUUUCAAUAUUAUGUCUUUGUAUUAUACUGUAGAGGAACAGUUGUAUAUAAAUGUAGAGGGGAGAAACACAAGGAAAGAAACACAGAAUUACAUUAAUUCUUUUAACAAACAUGAUGAACAUCAUAGUGUCUAUUACUCUCCAGUUUGAACAGUAUUGUAUACUUCAUACCAAUAUAGUUUUAUAUACAGUUUUACAGUGGCUAUGUUAGACAGGUGUACAUAUUUCCUAAGGCAUUUCUUUUAACUUUGUCAGUCCAUAUAGCUGUUUUACUGUUAAUAUUUAAAUUCAGGGAAACUGUCAGGAAAUUGGGAAAGUAAAAUUUCAAACUACAGCCUAAAAGUUGAAACUAAAAGCCCAAAUAUAAAGGGAAUGUCUGUUUGAGGAGAAUCAACUCUGUUUUUCAAAGCUGACAGACGGCAGUGAAGCUUCAUCCUUCCCACAACAUUCUUCACUUUUGCCACUGCUAGUGCAAAGCAGCUAUAUUAAAGCCUUUGUCUUUUUAUGCACACUCUAUUUGCCCUGUUAAAGUCCCAACCAGCAAAUCUUAAGCAACCUGACAAUUAUUGUGAUAUUUCACUAGCAAACUUGGUCAUUUAUCUUUUGUAUGAACUAAUUUUUUUAUGAGAGGCUGCUUGAGCCUUCAAGGUGCCUCCCUGAAAAUAUCAGAUAUGUGUUAACAAAUGGCAAUUGUCCACUUGUAUGUACAGCACCAUGUUAACCUAUAAAACUGCCUUGACUGCCUUGUUGUGUUGCAUUUUGCCUGUUGAUGUGUUUGUAUGUAUGUUGAGGGGAAAUGCUUUUGUACUGAUAUACAAUAAAGUUCUGUUUUUUUAUCAUAA